AAAUCCAUCUCUCUCUCUGAGCCACCUACCGACACUAACAUAACUGUUCAACAACGUCAUCUUCUUUCUUCUUUACUCUUCUUCUUUGUCAGAUGCAACCCUCGAAAACAAGAGGUCCAUUGUUCGAAACAGGAGCGAGCAUGAAACAAAUGCGAAAGAAUAAUCUUUCGAUCUUUGCCGUCCUCUUCUCCCUUUUUCUCGUCGGGAUCAUCAUGUACAACGACAACGUCAAAUCCAUUGCGUACUUAACAUCUUCAAGCCCAUUCUCUAGUUUAUUUGAAGACGGAGGGGCCGUGGGGUUGCCACCGGAGGAGUGCGAUCUCUUCACCGGAAAAUGGGUUUUCGACAACAAGACACAUCCAUUGUACAAAGAGGAGCAGUGCGAGUUCUUGACCGAGCAAGUGACUUGCUUAAGAAACGGAAGAAAAGAUUCUCUGUUUCAGAACUGGAGAUGGCAACCUAGAGACUGUUCUUUGCCAAAAUUCAAAGCAAGAGUGUUGCUAGAGAAGCUAAGGAACAAGAGGUUGAUGUUUGUCGGUGACUCGCUUAACCGGAACCAAUGGGAAUCUAUGGUUUGUUUGGUUCAAUCAGUGAUUCCUCCCGGUAGAAAGGGCUUGAACCAGACCGGUUCUCUCACCACUUUUCAAAUCCAGGACUAUAACGCCACGGUGGAGUUUUAUUGGGCACCGUUCUUGGUGGAAUCAAAUUCAGACGAUCCAAGAAAGCAUAGUAUAAUCGAUCGUAUAAUAAUGCCAGAGUCCAUUGAGAAGCAUGGAGUCAACUGGAAAGACGUUGACUUUCUUGUCUUCAAUAGUUACAUCUGGUGGAUGAACACCGUCUCCAUCAAAGUCUUACGAGGAUCGUUCGAAGAAGGUGACACAGAGUAUGAUGAGAUCAGACGGCCAAUAGCGUACGAGAGAGUGUUGAGGACAUGGGGAGAUUGGGUGGACCACCACAUUGAUCCUCUACGUACAACUGUUUUCUUCAUGAGCAUGUCUCCACUACACAUUAGGAGUUCGGACUGGGGUAAUCCUGAUGGUAUACUAUGCGCAUUAGAGACAACACCGAUCCUAAACAAGUCCAUGAUGUUCAACGUUGGGACGAAGUACAGGCUGUUUUCGGAGAUAGGAACGGACUACAGACUGUUUUCAUCUGUUGAAAACGUCACGCAGUCUAUGAAAGUUCCUAUACGUUUCCUCAACAUCACUGGGUUGUCUGAGUAUCGUAAAGAUGCACAUACUUCAGUUUACACGAUCAAGCAAGGUAAACUGCUGACGAAGGAACAGCAAAACGAUCCAGCCACUUACGCGGACUGUAUCCACUGGUGCUUGCCUGGCCUGCCUGAUACUUGGAAUGAGAUUCUUUAUACAUUUAUCAUCUCAAAAUCGUCAUGACCCAAUUGAACCUCUCAUCCUUUUUUUGUUGUUUUAAAAAAUUCUUGUGAUGUAUUUUUCUUUUUGAUCAAAUUCUUGUGAUGUAUAUAAAGGGACAUCAUGUUUUGAUAUAUGCAAAGCGGUCUUAUAUGUA